AGCUGGAUGGUUCUGAAACGACAGAUAAAAAGCUGAUCUGCCAAUGGAUACAUGCUUAAAAGCCUGUUUAUCAUGUGAUGAACGUGAGUACCACAUGAACCGAGGAGUCGGUAGGUAGGGUAGCCAUGACAAGUCAAUGCGCGGUUCAUGCAAAAAGACAGUCAUGGACCCAACCCACCACUUGUAAGCCCGAAGAGUCGAAAAAAAAAAAAGUGGAACAGUGAAUAAGCCGUCAAGUGGGUUUUUCCAAGCAAUUUAUACAGCAAUCAUGAUGGCCGAAUACAAAUUAAAAAGGGAUGCGUGUCGUCCCAAAGUCCUGGACAAGUACGAAAUCAUUGGGUUCAUCAGUUCAGGCACCUACGGUCGGGUAUACAAGGCCCGUUCAAGGAAUAAAGACGACCUACGUGAAUUUGCCAUCAAAAAGUUUAAACCCGACCGUGAAGGCGAAAGCCAUCAUUAUGUGGGCAUUUCCCAGUCGGCUUGCAGAGAAAUAGCGCUUUGUCGAGAAUUGGACCACGAUAAUAUUGUUGGUCUUGAAGAAGUCAUUUUAGAAGAUAAAGCCAUCUUUAUGGUGUUUGAAUACGCGGAACAUGACUUUUUGCAAAUUAUCCACUAUCAUUUGCAUACCGAAAGAAAACCGAUACCAGAAGUCCUGAUAAAAUCGUUCUUGUGGCAACUCAUCAAUGGGGUGGCCUACUUGCAUGCAAACUGGGUCCUGCACCGUGAUCUGAAGCCAGCCAACGUGCUUUUAACAAGUGAGGGCGUGGUCAAAACAGGUGAUCUGGGUCUGGCACGAUUGUUUAACCGGCCAUUGCAACCUCUGUUUAAUGGCGACAAGGUCGUUGUCACUAUUUGGUAUCGUGCCCCUGAACUAUUGUUUGGUUCAAGGCAUUAUACCAAGGCGAUCGAUAUGUGGGCUGUCGGAUGUAUCUAUGGGGAACUAUUAGCGCUGAAACCAAUAUUUAAGGGUGAAGAAGCGAAAAUGGACACCAAGAAGAACGUCCCUUUUCAACGAAGUCAGCUCACAAAGAUUUUUGAGAUUCUCGGCACGCCCAACAAGGAACGUUGGCCGACCAUAGACCAGUUACCAGACUAUCAUCAUCUAAGCUCCUUUCCACAGUGCUCAAACAAUCUUCGACAACUUUACCAAUCGAUGCCUGGAGCAAAGAGCGAUUCAGGGUUUAAUUUACUGUCGGCGCUUCUGGAAUACGAUCCAUUAAAACGGAUCACGGCAGAGAAAGCGCUGAACCAUCCUUACUUCCAAGAAGAUCCCAAACCUAUUAUGAAUGUUCUAGCUCAACAGGGAGUGGAAUAUCCGUUACGACGAAUCACCCAAGACGAUAACAAUCUCAAACCUGCCAAAUCCACCGUACCCGUGGUCCGCGAAGAUCACUCCAAUAGAGCCACGAAAAAAGCUAGAAACGCAUGAUCGUCUUUUUUAUUAUUAUUAUUCCAUCCUGCAUCUGUCACCCCCGAUUUUUUUUUUCACGCCUCGUUGUUUAUCAUCAUUCAUUCUUCAAACGUCAAAUAUGACUUUCAUCAACAAUUCUUUUUGUCGA